AUGCGAUUUUUUAGCGAUGCUAAAGUCAUUCGAGAUACAACGACACUCAAAUCAAAGGGAUAUGGAUUUGUGUCAUACCCAAAGCGAGAAGAAGCGGAGCGUGCAAUCGAGCAAAUGAAUGGACAGUGGCUGGGACGUCGAACAAUCCGUACAAACUGGGCAACACGUAAGCCAACUGGCACUGGUGCUGGGGAUGGACAAUAUGGGCGUACCGAAUUGAAUUAUGAUGAUGUUUUCAAUCAGACUGGCCCGGACAACACCUCGGUCUACGUGGGCAGUGUUAACUCGAGCGCUAAUGAUGAAGACCUGCGUGCAGCGUUUGACAAAUUUGGUCGUAUCCUGGAAGUGCGCAUUUUCAAAGCCCAGGGCUAUGCAUUUGUUCGUUUUGAUAAGAAGGAAUCGGCAUGCAAUGCAAUUUGCAAAAUGAAUGGUCAAGAAAUCUGCGGCCAA